AUGUCAGCUAGGGCUUUCGUUGCUUCUGAACGGAAAAUAGCCAAGCCAAAUUCAUCACAUUCUUUAGCGAAUGUCGCCCUGGAUUUAUUUAUGACAAUAUAUGCUCCUUCGAGUCCUUCAGCUUGGCUCGUCCACUUGGGAAGCGCUGGGUCCAAUAACCAACUAUCUUUGUCCGCAGUGCUUGCACCUGUAAUCGCAAUCCUCUCGCAUGAGCAAAAACAACCAUCACUGAUGAAUCUUGCGCGGAAGUACUACUUAGCAACUAUUGCAGAAACUGGUCAUUCCUUACUAUCCAUCCAGCAAGCAUUCAAAGAUACCACACUCAUGUCAAUCAAUCUUCUCAUACUGUUCGAGGCUAGGGCGUUUCAAGGUUGA